AUGGAUCCCGCGACAGGCCUCCCUAUGGCAUUCGGGAAGCAGGCGGCUGCUCCGGUUCAGACACCGUCUCAGACGGCAGGGGGAUCAGGGAGCAGCGAGCGAGGCGGUGGGGGUGGAGGCAGGGGAUCAAGAGGGGUCGUGGGUGGGGGUAAACGUAGUCGAGGUAGAGGAGGUGGAAGGGGCGGAGGAGAUGCUGGAGAAGGAGGUGGAAGGGGCGCAGGAGAGGGCGAAGGAGUGGUCUUGAACGGCGGAGUCAAGCGGCCACAUCCUUCGUCAUCAGCGCACUCAUCACUCCCUCCUGCUCCACCAUCGGCUUAUCUUCCGCAAGCGCCCUCGUUCGGGGUGGAGGCUAUCCUCGAGGCGGAUUUGUCGAUCAGGGCGGCCAGUCUCAUGCUGCCGGACAAGGUCGGGGCGGCUUUGGGAACGGAAGAGGAGGCAGAGGGGGGCGGGGUGGGGGGCAUGAUGGUGGCGGAGGUCGCGGAGGUCGCGGAGGAGGAGGAGGAGGCGGUGGGAGAGGGGUUGGACACGCACCACCCGAGACGGGAUAGGGCGCUGAGGACGACCGGCGUGUGA